AUGUGGCGCAAAUCGGGCACCGAUCGCGGCAAGGCGCGCGAUCGCAACGGCGCACAUCUGGCCACCGCCAGCAACCAGCACAAACAGAGCGUCCUGGAGCGGCUGCGGGCAAACAGCACCGACUACACGGAGCGCAUCUUCCACGACGAGGAGUUCGGCGAAGAGAACGUCGAGCUGGUCGACGAGGAGUGGGCCAGCUUCGAGCGGGUACUGAGGCAGUUCCGCGAACGUCGGCUACUGAACGCGUCGAUGGAGAACCUGCCGCGGCAGAAGAAGUCGCGCAAGCGGCGCACCCAGGCCUUCUACCCGAUGCCGAUGCCGAGCAUGAGCGACACCGUCGACCAGGACAGCAGCUCCACCAGCAGCAGCGACGAGGCCUACGAAACGGACGAGGAUGGCUACAUUCGAACCCUCAUGUAUGGUCGCUACACGAAGGACCUAGGAGAGUACGCCAAAGAUGAAGCGCGAAGACUCAGGCUUCUUGAACGACGAAGAAAAAAAGACGAUAAAGCAAGAAAUAAGGAGCUGCUCGGGGUGCGGGACAACAAGUUCUUCAAGGCGGCAUCCUGGCUGUGGCGGAACACGUUCGCCCGGCUCGGCGAGGACUGGGUGUUCCUGGCCCUGCUCGGUAUCAUCAUGGCACUGUUAUCCUACGUGAUGGACAAGGGCAUCUCCAUGUGUACGAACUCUCGUGUGUGGUUGUACCGUGAUCUCACCAACCACCCGGUGGCCCAGUAUCUGGCCUGGGUUUCGCUGCCGGUGUGCCUGAUCCUCUUCUCGGCCGGCUUCGUCCACCUGGUGGCGCCGCAGAGUAUAGGAUCCGGUAUUCCGGAGAUGAAGACUAUCCUGCGCGGAGUCGCGCUGAAGGAGUACCUAACCUUCAAGACGCUGGUCGCGAAAGUGAUUGGCCUGACGGCCACCCUCGGCAGCGGCAUGCCCCUCGGCAAGGAGGGCCCCUUUGUACAUAUAGCUAGUAUAGUAUCGCAGCUGCUAAGUAAGAUCAUAACAUCAUUCCAAUCGAUCUACGAGAAUGAGUCGCGCAACACGGAAAUGCUGGCGGCGGCCUGCGCCGUCGGCGUGGGGGCCUGCUUCGCGGCACCGAUCGGUGGCGUCCUGUUCAGCAUCGAGGUCACGACGACGUAUUUCGCGGUGCGCAACUAUUGGCGCGGUUUCUUUGCCGCCGUCUGUGGGGCCACUGUGUUUCGGCUGCUGGCCGUCUGGUUCCAGAAGGCGGACACCGUGACGGCCAUGUUUUCGACCAACUUUACCGCCGACUUUCCCUUCGAUCCGCAGGAGCUGUUCGUGUUUGCACUGAUUGGACUCGUCUGCGGACUGGGAGGUGCCUUGUACGUAUGGGUCCACCGAAAGUACGUUCUCUUUAUGCGGUCCAACAAAAAGAUGAACAAGUUUUUGCAGAAAAACCGCUUUCUGUAUCCUGGGAUCGUGGCGCUAAUCGUGGCCACGCUAUCGUUCCCGCACGGCCUCGGUAAGUUCAUUGCCGGUGAGCUCAGCACCCACGAUCAGGUCCAUCAGCUAUUCUCCAACUUCACCUGGACUAAACACGAACUGACCGUCGAGCAGGCGGCCGUCGUUUCAAACUGGCGCACGGCACAUACGGACGUAUUUGCUAACCUCACUUUCUAUUUGCUGUACACGUUCUUUAUGUCGAUCAUUGCCUCAACCAUUCCCGUGCCAUCCGGUAUGUUUAUUCCGGUGUUCAAAAUCGGCGCCGCCUUCGGACGGAUAGUCGGUGAAGCGAUGCAUCUUUGGUUCCCGUUCGGGGUUCGGUACGGCGGCAUGCUGGCGCCGAUCAUUCCCGGCGGCUACUCCGUGGUCGGUGCCGCUGCCUUCUCCGGUGCCGUCACGCACACCGUCUCCGUCGGGGUGAUCGUGUUCGAGAUGACGGGCCAAAUCACGCACAUCGUACCGGUGAUGAUAGCGGCCCUCGUCUCGAACGCCGUGGCCGCCCUCCUGCAACCGUCGAUGUACGACAGUAUCAUCCUCAUCAAGAAGCUACCGUACCUGCCCGAUCUGCUGCCGUCCGGCUCCGGCAUGUACAACAUCUACGUCGAGGACUUUAUGCUGCGCGACGUGCACUACAUCUGGAAGGGAAUCUCGUACCAAAAGCUGAAGGACAUCCUGAAGGCGAACAAGGGCCUGCGCAGUCUGCCGAUCGUGGACAGUCCGGACAACAAGGUGCUGCUCGGCAGUGUGCAGCGCUAUGAGCUGAUCAAGAUGAUCGACAGGCACAUCGGGCGCGAGAAACGACUCGAGGUGGCCGCCAAGCUGAUGAAGGAGGCCGAGGAGAAGGCACGCGAGGAGCAGGAACGGCAGAAGCGCGAAGCGGAAGAGCUACAGAAGACGCGUCGGCCCUCCCGUUUCGAAGUCGUUCCGGCACCGGAUAUUCUGAAGCUGCGGGAGCGUGCCAACAACGAAAUGCUGCCACCGCAGGCGCGCCGAGAAUCGAACGCAUCUGCCAGUGGGCCCGUCUUCGGAGGCUUGCAGCCUAAGAAAUCGAUCCUUAAAAAAACGAACUCGUUUACACUGAAGGGCAUGAGCCCACUGUCUCCGCACAGCCCUGUCCACACGCCGUACACUACCAUUACUGGCACCGAAAGCCGCAUCCGGUCAGCGUUCGAUAUCAUUUUCCGUAAGUCGGCCACCCUCCAAGACGUGGCGCCGGAUCCGGAAAUCGGAUCCAUCGGUACGCCCAGCAUCGUGGGCUCGGAAGUGGCCCCGCUAACGCCCGGCAUCUCGAAGAAGGUGCAGCUGCCGAGGGAGCGUGUGAUCGACAUGUCUCCCGAGGAUCAGAAGGCGUGGGAGAUGGAGGAGAUGGCCAAGCCGAUCGAUGUAGCGCACCUUCACAUUGAUCCGGCACCGUUCCAGCUGGUCGAACGUACUUCCAUUCUGAAGGUACACUCGCUUUUCUCGAUGGUUGGCAUCAAUCACGCGUACGUGACCAACGUGGGACGCUUGGAGGGCGUUGUAGCACUGAAGGAGCUUCGAACGGCCAUCGAAAAUGUCAACAGUGGUACACUGACCCCGGAAUCAGUGAAAGCCAAACAGGAGGAAGAAGCACGUGCCCAAGCCCAGAAAGAAUCGGAAAACAAUAACGGCGUUUCGGUGGACGAUCCGUUGCUCCCGAAGCGGAUCAAUGACGUGUUUAGUGACAAAAAAGUAAAUAGCACAAUCACCUCGAUGGACUCGGCGUUAUCCAACUCGGAUAACUGCUCCGACAUCGAGCUCGAUAACAUUAACAUCCAUCGCAGUGUUGCGUCCAACGAAAGCAAAAACUCCGGCCAGCAACAGUAGCCAUCGCUGCGUGAUACCAAUCAGUAGCGGGCUACAAUCUGUACAUUUCAAGAAGCGCUAAAAGACACACAUACACAUCAUCCCUCAUCGCGUGGCCAACAUCGGCAUACUCCAGAACAGAAUUUCGAUGUUGAACAAACAUCCCAAACAAACACACCAAUCCCCAUGGUAUUUAAGGACUCCUUACCGCGCUUCUGCGCUAAUGCCACAGUUGUAAAACAAUAGGCACAAACGACACAUCACGACCCACACACCACGCCACAAAACACACCGUAGAACUUUGGUCCACCGCUCUGAAGAAGGUACACCGUUAUCUUGGAAUUGGUUCUUCAAAGAAUAAUUCCAAGUGACGACUACGAUUCGAAGGAUCGCUAGACCAUCCGCCGAAAGGAGCUACGAAACGCCCGUUCAACGCUAGUGUUGCAUGAAAUUAAGAUUUCUUUCAAUUGUGAUUAUAUUUUAAGUGUUACGACAACCUUCGGUUCCGUGUGUACUGGAUUAUCAAAUAAUCGAGCCUCUCGGGCACCCAAAGUGUCUCGUGGGGGAACGGGGAACGUCCGUUUGUUCCCUUGCGCGCUCUUGUAUUUCGUGUUUGAGUGCCAUUUUUAUGAUUGUGGAUUCAUCUCUCCCGGUGCUGCUGCCAUUGUACGUGCAACGGAAACGGAAUGGAAAAUCAGGACAAAAUGUCAGUCCACAGCACGGUCUGGAGAUACGGACACGAAUAGUCAUUUGAAAAUAAUUGUUUUUCGUUAUGAUUUCCAUUAAGUUUGUGAUCCCAAAUCGUUUCGCGGUUGCAAAAAGUUAAAUUAUUACACCACACAAAUGUUACAAACGACUGAUGUGUUUCUAUUGCGAGAGACAACAGAGGCACACGUGUUUAUUCGCUAGUGCAUCGAUAACCGCUAGACGAUGGUUGAGUUGUGCCGUCGUCGUACGGGCGGCUGUAAUUUUAUUUUAUUGUACGUAGGAUUGUAGAAUGAGGACCGAAAAUAAAAGAUACACACUGUAAU